AAAACUCCUGAAAAUUCCAAGGAAAAAAAAAAGAAAGGAAAAAAGAAAAAGAAAUGGCGAGCUCGCAGUGCCGCGAUAACCCACCGACGCGCGCCUCCGGCGCCGGCGAGGGUCAGGUGGUCGACGAUCUUGGCGGCCUGAAGGCUUACGUCGCAGGUUCUCCCGGUGCUGGCAUCGCCGUUCUCCUCGUCUCUGACAUUUACGGGUUUGAAGCACCAAAUUUGAGGAAAAUUGCUGAUAAAGUUGCAGCAGCUGGGUUCUUUGCUGUAGUUCCAGAUUUCUUAUAUGGGGAUCCUUAUGUACCUGAUAAUGCUGAGAGGCCUCUUCCAGUCUGGAUUCAGUCUCAUAAAACAGAUAAAGCUUAUGAAGAUGCAAAAUCAGUGAUUUCAGCUCUACGGAGUAAAGGCAUAACUGCUAUGGGGGCUGCUGGAUAUUGCUGGGGUGCAAAAGUGGUCGUAGAGUUGGCAAAGACUCCUGAUAUCCAAGCGGGAGUGAUGCUUCAUCCUUCAUUUGUAACUGUGGAUGAUAUCAAAGAUGUUAAAUGUCCUAUGGCUGUUCUUGGAGCUGAACGUGACCAUGUCUCUCCUCCUGAACUGGUGAAACAGUUUGAAGAGAUUUUAGCUGCAAAAUCGGAGGUUGAUAGUUUUGUGAAGAUAUUUCCCAGAGUGGCCCAUGGGUGGUCUGUUAGGUACAAAGAAGACGACGAGUUCGCUGCGAAGAGCGCUGAGGAAGCCCUUGAGAACAUGCUGGGUUGGUUUGUCAAGUGCCUGAAAUGCAGCAAAUUUUAACCGAGUAAUGCGCACGUGAUGUAUAGGCGACUCAUGUCUUUAGAACUGUUUCCAGGUUCCCGCAGCAUGCGUGUUUCCUAGACGCGCAUGUAUGUAUGUAUGUAUAUUGCUAUGCUUUAAAGGUAAACCCUAAAGACAAGUAGUGGUCGUGUGUUACGUUGAGAGCCAUGGAUAAGCAAAUUUGAUAGAAACUAUGGGGUCUGAAUUCAAUUGGUUGAAACAUUGGAAUCUUUUUUUAAUACUUUAAUUCGAUAAA